AUGGCAAAUAACCAGCACAUGGGGGCCUCAAACCUAAAUGAGAAUGAGGCAAUGUUAACCAACCGCGUUGCAGAGUUAGAAAGGCGUAUGUCGAUGUUUGAGGGUAUAUUUCACGCGUUAAGUAACCGCCUCGACCUUCACUUCAAAAAAUACGAUGUGGUGGUAAACUCCCAACAGCAACAAAUCAACGAACUGACCGCGUUUUUAUCAACACUACUGAAUGACCAACAACGCCACGCUGAGAUUCUUAGUGAGAAACUAAGUGGAACGUUGCAUGGGGUGUCUGCUACGUCAAUAUCCUUAAGCCAGACUCUUGACCCACAAGGCUUUACUGAUGGAGCUACGGCACCAGGAGCUCAGAGAAACUAUAGUUCAGUAUCUAUGAAUAAUGAUGAAACUGCUCAUCCGCAAAAUGAAGGAGCCGUCAGUAACGAAACACUGUUCGAGGACAUCUUGAAUGGAAAUUCACAAGAAAAUGAUAAGGGUCAACAACAAGCUAACAGCUCGAAUCCAAUAACCCAAGAAAAUAGCACUAACCCGUCAGUGGACACUCGGUUCAACAAACCUCAAAAUUAUAAUCCCAAUUUGGUCCCAUCCUUGGAAGAGUAUUCAGCAAAUCCGCCUAACAAUGAUGGUGACCAAAGUCAAGGUUUAUACAUAAGUAGCACUUCUUCACAAUCACGGCAGUCUCCCAAUCUGCAGAAAAUUUCUCCUAAUCGUGAAAAUGCGGUGGAACCAAAUGUACAAGACAGCGUUCCGACAUUUGAAGAGGAGCAGUACGAGACUAAAACGGGACUCAAAAGGAAACGCAUAGUUUGCACAAGGCCAUUCGAAUUCAUCAAGUCACCACAUUCAGUGAUGGAGGUUUGGAAGGAGUAUACAGAAGGUGUUAACGGGCAGCCUUCCAUAAGAAAAAUGGAAGCUCUCUAUCAAACAGCAUGGAGGCGAGACCCAGCGGUGAAUAAGAGAUAUUCGAGAAGAAAAGUUCUUUGGAAAGCCAUUCAAACUGGCCUUAAUCGUGGGUAUUCAUUGAAUUAUGUUGUUGAAAUUCUAGAAAACUCAAGAUAUGUUAAUGAUAAACAGAAGGUUAAACAGCCUAUUGGUUGGUUGUGUCAUAGUUCUCAUAUUCCAGAAACUUUGAAGUGA